UGACAUUUGAAUGAAUGAACGAAAGUUCAUCACAGAAAUUCACAGAAUCAUUUUUUAGCGCAAAAAGGAGGGAAUUUCUCUGUUCUACACAGUUUAGUAUUAAUUUUUAAUCAAAAACUGGAAAUAAUUAACUUAAUUUAAUUCGAAACAAAUAUGGCUGACACCGCAGAAGUGAGCACAUCCUCAGCGACCGAGCUGCUGAGCACAGGUCGCAGGAACCUUGCUGUGAGGGACUUCAGUGCGGCCGCCGAGGCCUUGGCCAAAGCGUGUGAACUCCUCGCGAAGGAGCACGGAGAUACGGCUGAUCAGUGUGCAGAGGCUUAUUUGUGGUAUGGCAAGUCACUAUUAGGAUUAUCAAGAGAAGAAAGUGGUGUUCUUGGCGAUGGCAUGCCAGGAACCGGGAAUGCUGAUGAGAAUGAUGAUGACAAUGAAGAAGAAAAUGGUGAUGACGAACAAAAUGGUGAAGAUGCAGAGAUGAAUGAGGCAGCUAGUGAGGAAGCUGAAAAGAAGGAAGUUGCAGAUGAAGAAAUGGAGAAGAAUGAGCCAGAAUCUACCACCAAGGACGAUGAGCCUGGGAGCAGCAAACCUGGCAGUAACAAGGCCGCUGCUGAUUCUGGCGACAAUGAGGAGCCAGGAACAACAAAUGGGGAUGUGAAUGAUGAGUCUGAAGUGAAUUUGGACAAUGAAGAUGAUGUGGAUAAUCUGCAGUUAGCUUGGGAGAUGCUUGACCUAGCCCGCAGUAUUCUACAGCGUCGCGCACAGGCCGACAGCGGGCCGGCGGCGCGCGCCUUGCUCGCCGACGUGCAUCUCGCGCUGGGCGAGGUGGCGCUCGAGAGCGAGACUUAUGACAAGGCUGUCAUUGACAUGCAAAGCUGUCUGGAGCUCCAGAAGGAACUAUACGGUAGCGACGACAGGCGCAUUGCAGAAACGCACUAUCAAAUUGGUCUCGCCAACUCCCUAGCCUCAAACUUCGAAGACGCGAUCACCCACUUCAAGAACGCGGCGAACAUUCUAGAAACCAGAAUUAAGACCCUCGAGAAUCCAGCUUCUGCCACAGACGAUGCUACCGUCAAGAAGUACACCACGGCAGACCCUCAAUACUCUGUGGAGGGUGAAAUCAAGGAGUUAAAGGAGUUACUGCCAGAAAUACAGGAGAAGAUCCAAGACAUGAUGGACUACAAAGCAGAGACGAUAAAAAGGGUGAGAGAAACGCUCUGCCCCUCCAAUGGAGACGGCGCGUCCAGUUCCGCCGGCUCUAGUUCCAGUACAAUUGCCAGUGCCAGUGCUAGUACCGCCAGGGCCGCGCCCGCAUCGGACAUCUCCCAUCUCAUCAAACGCAAGCGCAAAUCCAGCGAGGGUGACGCAGGCGCGUCCGCCCCGAAGAAACUCAACACGUGAAUUAAACAAGUUUAUCAAUAUGACAGAGACCUGUGUGCAGUGAACGGUGAUUUGUGAAUUCGUACUUUUGUAGAUAAUCUCAAUGGGUAACAUACCGAUUUUAUUGUUAGGCGCCUGUCUGGAAAAGUGAUACAUCGUAAGCAAUAAGCAUAAUAAGUGUUUAAAUUUGGUUAGGAGUUAUUGAAAAUCUUUUAUAAAAUUCUAUGCUUAUAAUGUUUAAAAUUACUAUAGUUUUUGCGGCCUAACUAAAAGAUGGGCGUCAACAUACUGUUAUUCAAGCUUAAGAUUUCUAUUGCAUCCAUAUGAGUGCUAUAUUGUUUUAUCUUAUGCGAUGAAUUGAAAAGUGUAAAAUACUUCUUAUUUUGAUGUUAAAGUAAAAUCAUCACAGAUUACCGAAUAGCCGUAAAAAUUAGAUAUUCAUACCAAUUUUGGGUAUGAGUUGACGAGCACAGGUUUAUCUUUUUAUAUUGUUUGAUGAAAGUUAAUUUUUAAAGAAAAAAUUGUGUCAUUGGCACAAAAUAUGAACAGACUGAGUUAUUUAGUGCCGAUUAUUUAAUUAAAUAUAGGUAAACGUGAAUGUUAUUUGGACUUCGAAUUAGAAAGUUAAAUUAUUUUUAGGUCACCAAAUAUCCUGAAUGUCCCAACAUUGGGACAUAAUGUAGCAGUUUCUACGUUUAUUUCGAAAACCUGUGGUUACCUUCAACUUUGGAUUGUAGUUAAUUGCAGGUUUAUGUAAUCUCCACAAAAUACUUCAUAGUAGUCAUAACCCCUGUGUCUAAAGUUAAAAGUAAUAAUUAAUUGUAAUUGAAUCUACAAAACAUAAUAAUAACGUCAUAGAAUUGUUUUGCCAGUAGAUAGUAUUUCUAGUUUUUUAUUUUCUUACAUUUCGAGGGUUAUUCGUUUUUUUACACCUGUUAUUAGUUACGAUUACAAUUUAACAACUAGGUUAAAUAAUGAUAGACUAAAUUCAAAUACCUAACGAUCACAAGCUGCGUACAAUGGAUUUUAUUACAGCGGUUCUCAACGAUGUUCUUUUGAAAGAUAAAAUGUAGUAUUUGUAUACCUUUGGAAUAGCUGUGCAGGGCACAUACGAUACGUUUCAUAUUGCAAUAUAGGUCUACUAACGCAUAAUUCAGUCAGUACUUGAAGUAUGGGGGGUGGUACGGGAAGGGUGUCAUAUAAUAACAUAUGACCUGACAGAACAUCAAGUCUGAAGCACAACUGAAAUCUUGCUGAUGUUUGACGUCACAAAAACCCCUCCCGUGUCGCUCCCAUACCUCACACACUGACUCAGUUAAACCACAGAAUAAUAAUAAGUACUACGUACAGAAGUUUUACUUCGCGAAGGUAUUUAAAAAAAAGUAUGCUCAAUGUCAUUAACAAUAUAGUGUAAUUUAGCCUGUCUCAAGAGUCAAGCACCAUUUUGUUGACAAACGUCAGUGAUCGGCACUGCGCCGAAGCUAUAGAUAAGUAGGGCUGACUUCGGUAAAAUGAUGUGACGUGAGGUGCCAAACUGCGGAAAAUGGCGGAGGAAAUACAUGAUUUAGCAUGAAUUAUCAUGAAUAAUAUUAACUACUUAUUUACCUCUCAGUGUCUUGAGGCAACUUAAAAAAGUACAUUCUGUGUUUAUAUUAUUAUUUAGGCAGUUAAAAAUAUUUAGCACAGUAUUUAGUACACCAUUUUCUUUUUUUUCUUCCAUCAUACACAAGAAUACGCGUGCGUGUGUCAAUGUUCGCUCGUAUGUGAGGCCUUGUCGAAUAGUAUCCUGUAGGUGGGCCAUCGUGCGUGUUUUGUUUUCGAUGUAAACUCGCGGAGAUGAACAGGCCUGGUUAAACGCUAGAUCUAUAGACCCUACUGCAAUAUGAAGCCCCCAGGGUUAAUAUUUACAGGUUGAGAACCGCUGGUCAAAUUGUCCGCGUAAGAAGCGAAUACUAAAGUAUUAAGGCGCCCAAAAUUGCCUUUCUAGCAUCCUAGAAUUGUUUCUGUUACUAAAUAAUGUAAUCUUAACUUUAAAUCUUAUUUUUAAAUAUAAGUAAGUUUAAUUUUUGA